GUGAGUCACUUACCACGGUACAAGGCUGCAUACUAUUUGGCGAUCAACUUGUUAUUCCUUCGCCCCAUCGCAAGCGCAGUCUUCAGCAGCUUCAUCGUGGCCACCCUGGAAUCCAGCGAAUGAAGGCGAUUGCCAGGUCUUAUGUUUAUUGGCCAACUCUCGAUAACGACAUUGUUGAUUAUGUUAAAUCCUGCCAUCAAUGUGCGAUGGCUGCAAAAACACCACCGAAGUCAGCGCCUUUGUCUUGGCCUAAAUCAACAAAACCGUGGCAGCGUGUACAUCUUGACUAUGCUGGACCGAUCGACGGGGAAUACUACUUGGUCGUCGUGGAUUCUUUUUCGAAGUGGCCUGAGAUUGUGCAGACUCGCAGCAUCACUACAGCCGCUACAAUCAAAAUCAUCAGAGAACUGUUCGCACGCUUGGGAAUGCCAGAGACACUAGUGAGCGACAACGGCUCACAGUUCACCAGUGCAGAAUUUCAAUCCUACUGUACGGAUAACGGUAUCGAGCAUCUCACAACUGCGCCGUUUCACCCACAAUCGAACGGUCAAGCUGAGCGGUUUGUGGAUACAUUCAAACGGUCAAUAAAGAAGAUUAAGGAGGGGAGAGCGACAAUGCGUGAAGCACUCAGUACAUUUUUGCUGACUUACCGGAGCACACAUUGUUUUUCUUCUCCGAAUGGAAAAUCGCCAGCAGAAGUCAUGUUCGGUCGUCCGAUCCGUACCAGUUUGGAUCUACUCCGUCCUCCACCAGAUUCUGUGCAGUUUGAACAGCCUAGCGAGAGCCGACCCUUGAAGCGUGAGUUCAAAGCUAAAGAUCCGGUAUACGCAAAAGUCUUCGUUAAAAAUCAAUGGAACCAGGAACAGUACUGGAACGUAUAGGUCGUGUAAUGUACAACGUUCAGCUCGACAAUAGAAGGCUUGUUCGCUCCCAUGUUAACCAGCUUCGAGAUCGCGCUAUAUCGGAGGAUCUCAACGUAUCGACAUCGACAGAUAGUACGAAACUUCCACUCAACAUUCUACUUGAUGCUUGGAAUCUUCCGGUUCGUCGUACAACGGAUCCAUUAGCACACUCAACACCAGUAGCACCUCUUACAAGCUGCUCUAGUUUGAGACCAUCGUCAACACCAAAUACUCUGGUGAGAAGGCCUACCUUAUCAUCGGAGUUAUCGUCACAGUUAUCAGUAUCGUCUUCUUCAUCUUCAACAUCGCCAAGUUCGACAUCAGAAUUUCAAUCUGCAAAUGAAGCCGAUUCAGCUGUUCAGGUACCUCGCCGCUCUUCGCGUGUCCGAAGAGCUCCGCAAUGGUUCGACCCCUAUCAGCUGUAUUAGGAGGGGAGAUGUUGGAGACGUGGACAUCCCUACAACUCAACAGGAAUUGCUGGGCUCACUGGUGGCAGCCCGCCUGUCACUCAGUUGACGCACCGAACAGCAUCCGGUCAGGAAUCAGAAUGUGAUAUACCAUACUAUAAGUAAUACGCAUAUUUUACCUCUCCGUUUGUUCGCGUCUCUAUUUUAAAUAAAGUAUAUAUAUGUUUUAACGUGUGGGUCGUGUAAUCUUCUCUAUCGGUCACCUCCAAACACGAACCACAACAUUCUUGAUCCUAGAAGCCUAGGUCCAUGCCUUCAGCUGGACCAAUUAAGAAAAUACGCCAAUACCUAUUAGACAACACGUCUUAUGGCGACAUGACCGGGAACCCUAUCGAUAUAAACGAUCCCACUCUCUGCCAGAAUUCUAACCGCGCACCGAAAAUUUAAUAUCAGACUCACGGUUCGCGCGACCAUUCAAGAACACACGUUACAAAAUCACGUCAGCGCACAAACGUUAGAGCCCCUCGCGAUUUUCCAAGCAACCUACGCCCACGAACUCGCAAACAUAAUUACACCCCGGUGAUAAGGUGAAAAUCUCAGCGCUCAUAAACUUAGCAACACGAUCUCAAGCGUCAACCUACAAACUCCCGCGCUCGCGCCAUCAUGAAUCGGGAUCGUCCGGAAGUCUCUAUCCUCGAUACCAACAAUCUAGGUCCUUGUUAAUUAAUAAAAAAAAAUAUUAAAAUUGAAAAAUAACUCCCAUAUCCACUAGACAAAACGUUCCAUGGCGACAUGACCGGAAACUAGUGAUAUGGGGUCACUCUCUCCCUGUCAGAAUGUGAGCCGUACACCGAAAGCUAAAGAUCAGAAUGACGGUCCGCAAAUAUAUGAAUGGCCGCAGGGUUUCAAAAUCGAAUUUAUACACGCGAAGUCACAUACACGCGAGCACACGCGACAAACACGUCAGCAUACGAACGCUUAAGCCCUUCGCGAUCAUCUACGCACACCUAUGCCCGCGAUCACGUAAACUUGAUAACACUCCGGCAAUUGUGUGAACGUUUUAGUACUUACGAAGCUAC